AUGCUGCGGCAGGUUCUGCACAGGGGCUUGAGGACGUGUUUCUCCCGGCUCGGCCACUUCAUUGCCAGUCACCCUGUCUUCUUUGCCUCGGCGCCGGUGCUCAUCUCCAUCCUGCUCGGCGCCAGCUUCAGCCGCUACCAGGUCGAGGAGAGCGUGGAGCACCUGCUGGCGCCCCAGCACAGCCUCGCCAAGAUCGAGCGCAACCUCGUCAACAGCCUCUUCCCGGUCAACCGCUCCAAGCACCGGCUCUACUCGGACCUGCAGACCCCUGGGCGUUACGGCCGGGUCAUCGUCACCUCUUUCCAGAAAGCCAACAUGCUGGACCAGCAUCACACCGACCUGAUCUUAAAGUUGCAUGCCGCUGUGACCAGGAUCCAGGUUCCAAGGCCUGGUUUUAAUUACACGUUCGCCCACAUAUGUAUCCUGAAUAACGAUAAGACUUGCAUCGUGGAUGACAUAGUGCAUGUUCUGGAGGAGCUAAAGAAUGCUCGGGCCACCAACCGGACCAAUUUUGCUAUCACAUACCCUAUCACUCACUUAAAGGAUGGGAGAGCAGUGUACAACGGGCACCAGCUUGGAGGCGUCACUGUGCACAGCAAGGACCGGGUGAAGUCUGCAGAGGCUGUCCAGCUCACCUACUACCUACAGUCAAUCAACAGUCUCAAUGACAUGGUGGCCGAGAGGUGGGAGUCCAGCUUCUGUGACACCGUCCGACUGUUCCAGAAAUCCAACGGCAAAGUCAAAAUGUACCCUUACACGUCCUCCUCGCUGAGGGAAGAUUUCCAGAAGACCAGCCGCGUAUCGGAACGUUACCUGGUCACCAGCCUGAUCCUGGUGGUCACCAUGGCUAUCCUCUGCUGCUCUAUGCAGGACUGCGUCCGCAGCAAACCCUGGCUAGGCCUGCUCGGGUUGGUGACCAUAAGCCUGGCCACUCUCACUGCGGCCGGGAUCAUCAAUCUUACCGGUGGAAAAUACAAUUCCACCUUCCUGGGAGUCCCUUUCGUCAUGCUAGGUCAUGGACUAUAUGGGACUUUUGAAAUGUUAUCCUCCUGGAGGAAAACUAGAGAAGACCAACAUGUUAAAGAGAGAACUGCAGCAGUCUAUGCAGACUCCAUGCUCUCCUUUUCUCUCACCACUGCCAUGUACCUGGUCACCUUUGGCAUAGGGGCCAGCCCUUUCACGAACAUUGAGGCAGCCAGGAUUUUCUGCUGCAAUUCCUGUAUUGCAAUCUUCUUCAACUACCUCUAUGUACUCUCGUUUUAUGGUUCCAGCCUGGUAUUCACUGGCUACAUAGAAAACAAUUACCAGCAUAGUAUCUUCUGUAGAAAAGUCCCAAAGCCUGAGGCAUUGCAGGAGAAGCCGGCAUGGUACAGGUUUCUCCUGACAGCCAGAUUCAGCGAGGACACAACUGAGGGCGAGGAAGCGAACACUUACGAGAGUCACCUAUUGGUAUGUUUCCUCAAACGCUAUUACUGUGACUGGAUAACCAACACCUAUGUCAAGCCUUUUGUAAUUCUCUUUUACCUUAUUUAUAUUUCCUUUGCCUUAAUGGGCUAUCUGCAGGUCAGUGAAGGGUCAGACCUUAGUAACAUUGUAGCAACUGCAACGCAAACCAUUGAGUACACUACUGCCCAGCAAAAGUACUUUAGCAACUACAGUCCGGUGAUUGGGUUUUACAUAUAUGAGUCCAUAGAAUACUGGAACACUAGUGUCCAAGAGGAUGUGCUAGAAUACACCAAGGGGUUUGUGCGGAUAUCCUGGUUUGAGAGCUAUUUAAAUUACCUUCGGAAACUCAAUGUGUCCACUGGCUUGCCUAAGAAAAAUUUCACAGACAUGUUGAGGAAUUCCUUCCUGAAAGCCCCCCAAUUUUCACAUUUUCAAGAGGACAUCAUCUUCUCUAAAAAGUACAAUGAUGAGGUCGAUGUAGUGGCCUCCCGAAUGUUUUUGGUGGCCAAGACCAUGGAAACGAACAGAGAAGAACUCUAUGAUCUCCUGGAGACCCUGAGGAGACUUUCUGUCACCUCCAAGGUGAAGUUCAUUGUUUUCAACCCAUCCUUUGUGUACAUGGAUCGAUAUGCCGCCUCUCUGGGAGCCCCCCUGCACAACUCCUGCAUCAGUGCUUUGUUCCUGCUCUUCUUCUCGGCAUUCCUGGUGGCAGAUUCUCUGAUUAAUGUCUGGCUUACUCUAACGGUUGUGUCCGUGGAGUUUGGAGUUAUAGGUUUCAUGACAUUAUGGAAAGUAGAACUGGACUGCAUUUCUGUGCUAUGCUUAAUUUAUGGAAUUAACUACACAAUUGACAAUUGUGCUCCACUGUUAUCCACAUUUGUUCUGGGCAAGGAUUUCACAAGAACUAAAUGGGUAAAAAAUGCCCUGGAAGUGCACGGGGUAGCUAUUUUACAGAGUUACCUCUGCUAUAUUGUUGGUCUGAUUCCUCUCGCAGCUGUGCCUUCAAAUCUGACCUGUACACUGUUCAGGUGCUUGUUUUUAAUAGCAUUUGUCACCUUCUUUCACUGCUUUGCCAUUUUACCUGUGAUACUGACUUUCCUGCCACCCUCUAAGAAAAAACGGAAAGAGAAGAAAAAUCCUGAAAACCGGGAGGAAAUUGAGUGUGUAGAAAUGGUGGAUAUUGAUAGUACCCGAGUGGUUGACCAAAUUACAACAGUGUGAUAGUUUCUGCUUGUUAUAUUUUCACCCUAGGUCUUAUCAAGAGCAAAGAGAUUAUGUUAAUGAAACAAAUUGAAGGUGUUCUUUCUUAAGGAUAAGAAACAGGCAUUGCCAAAAAAGUAAAGACAAGGGGGGGAUAUGGGCAUUGCAUAUUUUCAAUCGUUAAAACAAAAGGUUGUUAUCAGAGAGAAUUUACACACACACACACACACACCCUAGGAGACUUAUAGUCUCUUAAACUAAGAUCAAAAAGAAGAAAGCUUAUUAGCAAGCAGAAUCCUAUUUUAUUCACACUGCAGAUGUUGCUGGUAUUGUGACAAAAACCUACCGAUUGAAAGGUCAGCUGCCAAGGCAGAAAUAGCUUUAAGCAUUGUUCAAACAAUAAGGCUUCCAGAACUUCUGCAGAGCAGUAGCUCCAGGCAGGGAAUGUGGUUUGAGGUCUUAGCCGUCUCAUCUAGCUCCCCAACACCCCAAGGAGAUGCUUGUGAAAGUUCUGGCCAGCAAAAGCAAACCAGAACCUCUGAAGCAGACACAUGGUAGAGUGGCCAUCACCCACAGACUGAAAUUGAGUCACCCCUAAAUUUACCCAGGUAAGGCAGUCUUGUUGUCUAGAAUGAAUUUAUCAUAUCCCCCCAUCAAUAUACUUAUGACAUUUGUGUGGUUUGGUUAAUAGACCUUUAAACCAAUGACAGCUCCAACAUUGCAGAGUUGGGGCAAUUCUAUUUUGGAAUAUCUUGUUGCUUGUCAUCAAAUGGAUCUGCUUUAUUAGUUACAGCUUUUUUGGCAGGAGGCUCUGAGUACUAAAAACCACAGAGCCAAACCCAAAUACCUGGCAUGAUGGAGGAAAAGCAGGUGUCUACUUGUACCCAGAGACAGUGUUUCCAUUUUAACAAAAAGAUGGCCAGCUGGUACAGCUGUUUAUGGUUUGGCCCUACAUGCGUUUUUUGCAUGGAUGCCCAGAAACAUCUGCCCACACAUAGCUAAGGAAGGAGAAAUGAACACUGAAAUGGUUAUUUGCCAUAGCUUCCAACUUGUAGUGCCAGUCUGCCUUCGCUAUGAGACAUGCCUGCUCAGAGACACAGGGGAGAAAAGAAAGUUCUUUAGCAAGUGUAAGUCCUGAAACUGAGAAGCUUCAUAAAAGUGCAGGCAGGGAGAUAAAGGGCUGCAAGGGAAACAGAUGGAAAUGACUGGAAGAUGUAAACACCAAUGCAGAUCUACCAAUGAUGACAGUGACUUUCCUGCUAAACUGGCUGCACUUUCAUCUUCCUGGUCCACCCCCCACCCCUUUGUUGGUGCCCCUCUACUUCACUGCACGGCCCUUCUGUACAUUAACGAGCCUAGAUGUUCCUAUUGUUGACCUGCAGUAUCUACAAGAUCUAAACAGAAAUGGUUUGAUCUGAAGAGGCUGUGUAUGUUACCCCAGACCCCUGCAUUUCUUUAAGUCUAUAAAAAUGAAGCUAAAACCUGGUCACAUUUGAGGCAAAUGUCUACAAUAUGUUUCCCUUUUAGAGAUGUAGCUUAUUUAGACAUAUAUAGUGGUAAGCUCCCAAAAGCACCUUACCUUGCUGGACCUUAGCGGAUGUACUGUGCAACUUCCCCAUCCUCCGCAGAGGAAGAAACUGAGACCUAGGAGAAUAAAGAGACUCACCCAGGGUCACACCACUAGAGGGUUUCCAUCAUUUUAGCAUGCCUAAGACAGGGCGGGCCAAUUUUAGAUUUUCUCAUAAGAGGGCUAUUACUCCCUUCAAAGUACAUUUCCAAGGAAGGAAUGUAGGAUUUUAUUGGCCACAAGGCAGACUUUUUUUUUUAAUGUCUGGAUAAUGUUUGGGAUUUAGGUUUGCCCUUGUCUUUCUAAACAGCAAAAAUGCCCAAAUGAUUCAGAUGUAACCACACCAAGUGCAAACCUGUGCUUUCUCUUUCAUGUACUGUUGUUCACACAGUUCUAAAUACAUGUGCAGGGGAUCGUAGCUAGUGCAUUACACACUUGUUGAAUCUCUCCUGCAGACACACUAAGCGAUCAUACCGUGUUAUGCACUCAACUAGAAGACAAUGAGCUUUAAUCUGAGGACAAGUACAGUCCUCGCAAAAGGGCAAGUUCGCAUAAUAGAUUUGCGAUCAAUUCUCUCUCCAAGGGGCCUGCAACUAGGCUAUUAUUUAUAAAAUACAGCUGAAGAGGGGAUUGGUUUUAUUCUUAAAUCAUAUGUUGCUAAAUCAUUUUCUGAACAGUGUGUUCUAAAUCAGCCAUUGAUUUCGUGUCGGCCACGUGGAGCACCUUGGGUUAAAGUGACUCCACAAAACUGAUACAACACACACACCAAUUAAGUGGGUUUUGUUGAGAAUUUAAUCAUUCAAUUUGGUCAACCAGAAUGACUUACUGUGGAACUUUGUUUUAUGACAGAUAGUAGUUUUCCAACUUGAUUGAGUCUCUGUAUACCUUGAGAUAUUGUAUUUUUAAAUGAAGGGCAUUUUCAACCUUGUCAACUUCUUUUCAGCACUUGAAAUCAAAGCUUACGGAAUUCUGACUGUGGAAUGAAUUUUUUCACUGGGGGACUCU